CACGGGAUCACCUUGAGUCAAGGGCCGACUGGAAAGCAGCUAACAACAACAGCAACUAAUCUCUACUGGGGUUUCCUUGGCACUGGUGGAGUAGUUCUCUAGCAUCAGCUUGGGCUUUCCUCCAGCGAAACAUGUAAAAUGUCGCAUUCACCGAGCUCCUUGGUGUGGCUGUGAGUAGCGGCAGCUCUGUGGGCGAUGUGGGAAUAGCCACACAGCACCCAUGGUCUCCAGGGGCUCCGCGAGCACACGAAAGGCACACUGCUUCAGCCUGAGCCCAACAGGAAGGAAAGAGAAAGACGUCAGUUACCCUAACAAGAAGAAAACCCGACUUCCUUUUCUUCAGACCAGACUCCUGGGCUCUUCUCUUGAAGUUGACGAAAAGGUACUUGAACAGGAUGAGCUUUUAAUUGUCGUUGACUGCUGACUUGACAACAUUGGAAAGGGAAGAUUAGCCCACGAAGUCAUUGUUACUCUUCCCAUUGCUAUUUGUCAGUUCCCUCCUAUCGGAGUUUACUUCUACUUUGCAGAAAUUAUCUGCGAGGAGCAGUGCAUGCUUUAUAACAGUCUCUGGCCAAACGUCAGAAAACAUAUACGCGUUUGUCUUAAACGGAUGUUAGUGCCCAGUGACCACGCUCCGCAGGUGGCCCGGAGGCUCCAGGAACCAUGACUCCAACAAGGGACAGCCUCUUGGGGUUUUCUUCUCCCGAGGAGUAGGACACAGUUAAAAAAAACAAAACAAAACAAAAGAGUCACAACCAAAACCCGGUUGCCAAUGAAACAGGAGAGCUCUUCAAAGAACUCGGCUUGCUGCUGUGAACCGCUGGCUGCUCUGAGCCCCACUGGCAGGAAAGAAGCUUUGGGUGGAUAAGUGAACACUUCAGACUCGGCGUCUCAGGAAAGAAGAGAAAAUGACCCAAGAAAUAAAUCUGAAUUCCCUCAAGGAACUGGAGCGUGAGGUCAUUCUCCAGGUCCUGUACCGAGACCAGAAGGUCCAGAACAUAGAGGAAGAGAGGAUACGGAAUCUGAAAACGCACCUGCAGAACCUCCGAUGGAAGGGGGUGAAGAGCACAGACCAGGACUGCAGGGGGGAGUCUUGUGCCCGCUGCCAGAGAGCGCUGGGGCUCCUGCUGAACCGGGGCGCUGUGUGCCGGGGCUGCAGCUACCGCGUGUGCGCUGAGUGCCGCGUGUUCCUGCGGAAGACCCGCGCCUGGAAGUGCACCGUGUGCUUUGAGGACAGAAACGUGAAAAUAAAAAGUGGACAAUGGUUCUUUGAGGAAAGAGCCAAGAAAUUUCCAACUGAAGGCAAACACGAGACAGCUGGAGCAAAGCUCUUGCAAUCUUAUCAGAAACUGAGCAAAAUUUCCGUGGUUCCUCCCACGCCACCUCCCCAAAGUGAAAACCAGUGCUGCGGCCAGACAGGGUUACAGGAACUUGGCCAGUUUAAAGGAUUUAAUAAGUCGGUGGAAAAUCUGUUUCUGUCUGUUACCACCCACAUGAAAAAGCUCUCCAAGUCCCAGAAUGACAUGAUCUCUGACAAACACCGCCUAACCACGGGUCACAGGCAGAGCGCAGGUCGGACCGAGAGGAGGAGCCAGUCUGACACCGCCAUCAACGCCACCAGGAAGGUCAGCUCAUCAGAUAUUCUGAUAUCUCUCAAUCAAGAGGACCCCAAACACUCUCCUGACCCUGUUUUGAAGCAAGAGAGAGUCUCAUCCAGCCCAGAUGUCUGUCCGUUGUUCUCUGGAGACUUGAGACAUGGGAGUUUAAUUAGCAUUAACAGCACUUGUACAGAGAUGGGCAAUUUUGACAAUGCUAAUGUCACUGGAGAAAUAGAAUUUGCCAUUCGUUAUUGCUUCGAAACCCAUUCUUUAGAGAUAUGCAUCAAGGCCUGUAAGAACCUUGCCUAUGGGGAGGAAAAGAAGAAAAAGUGCAAUCCGUAUGUAAAGAUCUAUCUGCUGCCUGACAGAUCCUCCCAGGGCAAACGCAAGACUAGAGUCCAGAAGAACACAACAGAUCCGACCUUUCAGGAGACUCUGAAGUACCAGGUGGACCCUGCCCAGCUGGCAGCAAGGCGGCUGCAGGUGUCUGUGUGGCAUCUGGGUGUGCUCACUCGGCGGGUGUUUCUGGGAGAAGUGCUCAUUCCUUUGGCCACGUGGGACUUUGGAGACAGUGCAACACAGGCCUUCCAUUGGUACCCGCUCCGGCCCAAGGUAAGGCCUGGCUUGGGACUGCCCAUUUUAAGGGAACCCCACCCCCAGCCUAAUAAUGGAACAGGAGAUCAGCCAUCACUCAAUGGUCAACUCUGUCUGGUAGUGCUGGGAGCCAAGAACUUACCUGUGAGGUCCGAUGGUACCUUAAACUCAUUCGUUAAGGGUUGUCUCACUCUGCCAGACCAACAAAAAUUAAGACUGAAGUCGCCAGUCCUGAAGAAGCAAGCCUGCCCUCAAUGGAAGCACUCCUUUGUCUUCAACAAUGUGACCACCUCUCAGCUGAAGCAAUCCAGCUUGGAAUUAACUGUUUGGGACCAGGCCAUCUUUGGUAUGAGCGACCGCUUGUUGGGCAGAGCCAGGCUUGGUUCAAAGGAAGAGGCAGCUGGCGGCACUGACUCAUGCUCCCCAUCGCUCCAAUGGCAGAAAGUGCUUUCCAACCCCAAUUUGUGGACGGACGUGACACUCAUCCUACACUGAAGCAGAGGCUGCAAGGACCCAGUCUGUCCCCAUGUUUGAUGGGUGUUUCUAAGGACUGCACACCUGGGAAGGUUCUCCCAGGAACUGGGCAGUGAAGUCACAGCUAGAAAGUGGCCGUCUGCCUUUCUGCUUUCACAGACGGCUGGAGUGUGAAAAACUCCCAACAGCCACGUGCCAUGUAGCUAACACAUUUUGAGAUUGCUCAUUCCGUAUAUUUACAUUAAAAACAGCAACAGUUGCUAUUGUAUUAGUAGGUCUCAGGUUGGUGAUCUGUUCUUUGAGAGCAAUGGAAAUGGCCAGAUUUCAAUAAACGUUCACUGGUAACCUGUGUCUCCCAGUGCUUAUGAAAUAAUGUUAUGGGUAUUAAUUAGCUGGCGGCCCUGCUACGCACAUUCCAAAGAGAAACAAACGAACGCAAUGACCAUUCAAUCCCUCCUGCCGUCAAGUCGAUUCCGACUCAUGACUCCACGGGUUACACAGUAGAACUGUUUUCUCGGCUGUAAUCUGAAAGCAGAUCACCAGGCCUUUCUUCCACAGUGCUGCUGGGUGGGUUUGAACCGCCAGCCUUUUGGUUACCAGCCCAGUGCAAACAUGUACACCACUCUCCUAUGCUACUGUGGACAAGUUUCACGGGGGUGGUAUAGCCAGCCAAAAUCACCCCACCAGGCACGAGGGAAGACCCAGCUCUUGGCGUUGGUACACUGUAAUGGUCUGCUUGAGUGCUGUGCGGUGACCCCUCACCAAACAACUGACGGGACCGCAGAGAACCC